ACCUUUGACACUGUAACAAUAACCACACUGCCACCUGUCCACCACCACUACUAAAUCCAUUUUUUAACUAAUCCAUACAUUCAAUAUAACCCAAUUAAAAAAAAAAAUCGGGAUUCAUUCUGUUCUGAGUCUCAUAUCUGCAACCCGGUCUCCUCACCCACUCACAUCCGCUGCAACUGCAACUCGGUAAUAUUUGAUUCAAACUAGAUCUGGUAACAUGAUACAUGAGCAAUGGAUCCAUUCUCGGUUGCUAACUUUACAACUCUUGCGGAUUCAUCCAUCCCACCAAUUUGAACCAGCUUAUCCUUUAAAUUCAUGCUUCAUCCAUCCCUUUAAUUUAUUCCCACUAUCAUCGGUUUUAUUAUUUCUUUAAUAUAUUUUUAAAUUUUUGGUUUAGUUGUUUACUGAUUUGUUGUUAGAAUUUUGAUAGCACUAGAAAAGAUGGGGCUGGAUAGUGUAAACAUUACAUGCAAGGUUUUAAAUACUAUGAAUUAAGCUCUUAAUUGAAUACAGAAAUUUUAUUGAAAACAGAGGAAACAUGAUGGAAGCAGAUCAUGAAGAUGGAAGUUAUGAUAGGAACAAGGAAUUAAAGCUUCUUGAUGAAACAAAAGCAGGUGUGAAGGGUCUUGUUGAUGCUGGUUUGACUAAGUUACCAAAGAUAUUCGUUCAUGACGGCCAUAAAGUCAACAUUUCUUCUUCUUCCUCUGCUACCAAUGUUAGUAUUCCAGUUAUUGAUUUGGGAUUACUACACGAAGAAGGUAAUUCACGCCAUGAGAUCAUUCAGAAAGUCAAAGAUGCGGGUGAGAAAUGGGAUUUCUUUCAAGUGGUCAACUGUGAUAUUCCACCAUGUGUUUUGGAUGAAAUGCUUGAUGGGGUACGUAGAUUUCAUGAGCAAGAUGCUGAGGUGAAGGGAUAAUUUUAUUCACGUCAUAUUACAAGGAGAGUGUUCUACAACACCAACUUCAAUUUUUAGAAAGCUUCAGAGGUUAAUUGAAGGGACACCCUCUCUUGUCUAUUGGCACCAGGGCCCCUUGACCGUCACCAACUCCCUUCCAUUUGCAGGUAUAUGGAGAAAGACUAGAACUCUAGCCUAGUUGUUGAUUUGGUAGAGACUCACAUGUAUUUUGUCAUCGUAUAAAGUUGAUAAUUGAGAACUGUAAGAUAAUUUGAUUUGAUAUGUUUGCAGAGAAGUAACAAUUAAGUACUUAGAUCA